UCUAUUGCAUUUCUCAUCUAUAGUCUCUCUGGUGUUUUUUCUCUGCACCAAAAACACCUUUCUUACUGCCUCCUCCACCCCACCACCCCACUCCCACCAACUCACCAAAUUUCAACUACUGUUCCAUUGAAAAUGGCUACUUCUCUUCAGUUUUCUUCAGAUCAUCACCCCAUUCCUCAGGAAAAUCAUCAAACAAUGAACCAGACCGCUACGGGAGGACGUAGAAGGUCGAGUAAAAAUGGCCAGAAGAAGAAGAAACAACCACAAAGAGGCAUGGGAGUUGAACAACUCGAACGUCUUCGAGUACAAGAUCAGAUCAAAAACAGUACUAUCCAUGCCGUUCAUCAUAAUCAGUACUACUCUAAUAACAAUUUCCCUAAUUUUACUCCUCUUUCAUCAUUUACCGGCGGUGGUAGUGCUAGUGCUAGUGCUGGUGUUGAUCCUGGAAUUUAUAGUAAUUCUAUUUUGAACUCUUCACCAGUACUUCAGUUCCCCAAAUUGUGUGCAGUGAGCCCUAAUGAUUUUUUUAUGCAAGAAAAAGUUGUUAAUACUGGGUUUAUUGGAUCUAGUAGUACAAAUCAGUUGAUGAUUUCUUCUCAUGAUCAUCAUCAGUUUCAAUCUCAAAUGAAUCUCUACGGAUUUGCAACUUCUAUGCCCAGUGCUGAGAAAUCGAAGGAGCUGUAUCCAAUGCCAAAUCUGUUUAGCAGCAACAACUCAUGUUUCUCCGAUCGGUGCCGAUCAUGCAACAAAAAGAAACGCAUGAUCAAUGGAGAAGAAAUUAGCAUUCAUACGGAGGACAUGAUCAGAGAAAAGGAAGAUUCUGGAACAAAGCCUUUGCUUCACUCAUACACUUUACCUAGCCAUCUACAAAAGGGCGCAGAGAUUGUGGCAAUUCAUAGAAAGGGAAGUUCAUCCGCGUUGUCAUGGGACGAAGGAGCAGUAAUGAUGGAGUAUGAUUUUUUUCCAGAAAAAAUCAGCAGCAAAAGCACUAAUAAUUACAAAAGUUGUUUCGAGAAAGAAGCAACGAUGAUGAGUGCUUAUAAUUCACCAGAAUCUUCUUCAUUUGCAGCAGCAGCAGCGGGAAAUAUUAUUAAUGGUGAAGUUUCUUCUGUUACUACAAUAUCUUGGGCUGCAGAUACUACAACUACACCGACCAGUUCCAUUGAUCUUUCACUGAAGCUUUCUUGUUAGUUUUUUUUCUACAGAAUCAUUUGAAAAAUAUGGUUUAAUUUUUCUGAGUUUUGUCUUUUCACACUUGUGUGAAAAUUUAUCUGAUGAAAGACCCAAAC